CAAGUGACUACGUGAUGCCCACUGCUAGCGGGCAGAACGCGGAGUGUAUUGCUCUGGUGUUGGCGCCCCCCGCUUGUGCUCACAGCUUCGCGCCUGGGAUUUGAGCGAUUGAAGCUAUUCGAGCCCCAGGACCGAUCGCCCCGGCAGUCAUGUGGAAGCGGGGAAAGCUAGCCUUCCUCCUCCUGCUCCUACAGGUGUCCCUGAUCAUCGUGUACGCGCUGUGCGUGCAGUACGAGGUGGCGGCCGACGCCUCCAAUGGCCUCAACAGCAUGUCCGAAGCACUCGGGGGCAACGCGCCCAAGGAUAAUUCCAUCGAGAAGUACUACUCCAUGUUCCAGGACGUGAACGUGAUGGUGUUCGUCGGCUUCGGAUUCUUGAUGACGUUUCUCAAGCGCUACGGCUACGGUGCCGUGGGCUUCACGCUGCUCAUCGCCGCGCUCAGCAUCCAGUGGGCGGCGAUCGUGCGCGGCGUCUGGCACGCCCGAAAAGGAUGGAUCCUCGUCGACGUGCUCAGUCUGGUGGGCGCUGAAUUCGCGGCGGCCAGCGUACUCAUCUCGUUCGGCGCGGUGUUGGGCAAGACGAGCCCCCUGCAGCUGGUCGUCAUGGCCGCCGUCGAAGUGGUGCUCUUCGCCUGCAACGAGCACCUCGGCGUUGGCGAGCUCAAGGCGGUCGACAUCGGCGGUUCCAUCUUCCUACACAUGUUCGGCGCCUACUUCGGCUUGGCAGUGUCGUUCGUGUUGAACAGGAAGGAGCACUGUGAUCACCGCAAAGAGGGCUCCGUCUACCACUCGGACAUAUUCGCCAUGAUCGGGACGCUCUUCCUGUGGGUGUUCUGGCCCAGUUUCAAUGCGGUGGCUGCAUACGGUGAUGCCAGGCACCGCGCGGUGCUAAACACAUUCCUGGCGCUUGUGGCCUGCACCAUCACUUCAUACGCUGUGUCGGCGUUGGUCGACCCAAAGAACCGCUUCACCAUGGUGCACGUGCAGAACUGCACGCUGGCCGGCGGUGUCGCGGUGGGCGCCACGGCUGACAUGAUGCUGCACCCUUACGGCGCGCUCAUCCUGGGUUCCCUGGCCGGGGCGCUGUCCGUCUUCGGCUUCAAGUUCGUAACGCCGCUAUUGUCCCGAAAGCUGAGGAUCCAUGACACUUGCGGCGUGAACAACCUGCACGGCAUGCCCGGAAUUCUGGCAGGAAUCACGAGUGCCGUCAUCGCCGCCAGCGCCACCGAGGAUGAGUACAACUACAGCUUGUACACGCUGUACCCGGCACGGGCGCCUCCGGAGAAUUCGACCGAGCUGAGCCAGGUGCUUUACUACACGGUCGAGGUGGUGGCGGGAGAAGGGCGCACGGCGGGAACACAAGCGCUCUACCAGCUGGCCGCCAUGGCGUGCACGCUCGCCAUCGCCGUUGUCGGAGGCCUGCUCACAGGGUUAGUGAUGCGGCUUCCACUGCUGGACCCUCCUAAGGAGGACGAGCUUUUCGACGACUGUCCGUCGUGGGAAGUGGAGGCCGACACUGCCGGCGCCGAUGAGGCCGCCUCCAGACCGCCUACCAAGGGCAACCAGAUCGCCAUGGUCGAACAGCAACCGGACAGUGCCACGAGAGCUCGGCUGCCGGCACACUUCAACGGCGCCUACGACGCACCGCCAGCCCAAUAAAUAGACUAUACCUCUUGAAGCCGCGGACAUACGAAAAAGGCCCCACUUAGAGCCAGUCGUGCGAGGAAUGGGCUUCGAACGUACGAAAUGUGUUACCAAGGUGACAGAUUGCGGUCCACGACGGUAUGGUACUGCAACUCGCUGUGAAAAUACGCAAACGCGAAACUCGCACCUAUUAUGUGUAGUUGUACACGAACACAUAAAGUAGCGUGAUGUACAGGAGGGCGGACACUAUACGUUUCCAACGGAGGCUAUAUUUUGAUAAAGAGGAGCAACGUGUUCUGUUUUUACUGUUAUCUCAUAGUUCUUUAUUUAAGGUCUUCGUAUAAGUUAACAUCGCUUUUGAGUGUUAUUCUGUACAUACACACUUCAAAUAUACAAGCGUUUUGAAUGCGAUGAAACUGUUCGAACAGAGACGCCAGACAUUUCUUUUUUUUUUUUUCUUGCGAACAGCCGGAAGUUGCCGCCAUGUGUCUUGCCAUCAUUUCUGUUGUCGAUUAUUACCUCGCUGCGUCAUUUGUUACUUUCAUCUAUAUGUCACUAGUGUAAUCAUUAUUCCAUCACUAAAGAUAAGUGACUUAAAAGAAAGCGAGCGAAAGGACUUCGACCUGAAUGACUAUCACUGAGUGCGCAAAAAAAAAGAACGAAGGCGUCAUUGCCAACAUAUUUGAAUAAAAUACUUGUUCUGUUU